GUAAAAUUAAUAGUCUCCUGUCUUAAACUCUGUUGCCACAAAUAAGCGUGUGUUCUUUUAAUCAUGUCGGUGUCUGCGGCUCUGCCUUUGGACCAAAGAGAAAUACUCGAUGGUGGUACGGCUGUUCCUGCCUUGGACCCCAGGUGGAUAAGCAAGACAAGAUUUGUGACAUACAUGCCACCACCUAAUGACUUGAGUGACCAGGGUCAGAGAGGUGAAUGGUUGGAGAGACUGCAUUACAUUGCCACAGAUCUAAGAUGGCUCCUACAGCUACCACAUCAUAAAUUCUGGUGCCAGGUUAUAUUUGAUGAGACAUUACAUCAUACAUUGGAUUCCUUUCUUCGGUUUGCUCCAAGGUCAUACGACAGGCAGUACAGCAUACCCACCAAUGCCCAGGAAGUCCACAGUCAAGUGAUGCGGCUUAUUUUCUUCACAUACUUACGCAUGUCCACGCACAAAGAGUCAAAGGAAAACUGGAUAACACCUAAAGUAUUUGGAGAGAUUCUGUACGAGAACUUUCUCUUUGAUAUUCCCAAACUUCUGGACUUGUGUGCGUUGUAUGGGCACAGCAACGGUCCAUUGUUAACCAAGAUGGUAACAAAUAUAUUUACUCAUCAGCCACGCUACUUAGAUGAUCUACGAGCAACUGCACCCACCCUUCUUCAGGUCCUCAGCAACAUUGUUAUCAGGAGCGGGAUGGAGUCAAGUUCCCCAGAUACAACGCCACAAAAGCUUCAGGGACAGAGUAGACAAGAAGUUCGUAAUUUGGAGAACAUGAGCAAUGAGGAAUUUUAUGACUUGCUGCUUUUCUUGUCUGACACGGCCGUCUCCCUUGCCACCUUUCUGACCAUCUACCCUCCUUCUUGCAGUGUGCUUCAUGAGUUCCAGUUUUGCCAACAUUUGGCUUCCAUGUAUGAAAAAGUGAUCCCAGCAUUUCAAGCAGCUCUAAAGCAACAGCAUCACAACAGUACGAGGGAGAAGCAGUUGUUUCGUUUUAAACUACAGCAGGCACGUCAGCAUUUGCUGAUGACCUUUCAUCUGAUUUUAUCUCACACAUGUCUGCAACCAGUGAUGGAAAAACUGAAUACUCCUGAUGAGAUUAGCAAGCAUGUGGAAGAUUUUCUAAGUACAAUGUCAGAUGUCUUAGGAGAGAAAAGGUUCCUUGCAGACUAUGAAGGACAGUACAGUUUUCAAGAUGAUUUGGAAAUUCUGUCUCAAGCUGCAGGAGUGUUAAGAGAUGACGCCCAUUGCAAGUACAUUCAGGAAGCCAUCAACAAUGCUUUUGCAGCCCAUGGGACACGCAAAAAACCCAAGGGCAACACCAACACUGGUGGACGGACAAGUCCGGAUGGUUCACCAUGCCCUCCUCUUCUUCCAUCAAACACAGAUGCAGAGUUAAAGCCACAGGAUACACCUGUUGCAGCGUCUGCUUCUCCACAUCAUUUCAGUGUCUCAGAAUGUAACUCUGGGCUAGGAACUAAACGAGUUACGGGGAUUGAACUGGAGUCUUUAAUUUAUGCGGUUAAAGAUUUGUUGCCUGGCCUAAGCGAUGACUUUGUGAAGGCAGCUCUGGCAGAGUUUGACUACAAUCCAGAGCUAGCGGUUAGCGCUUUUCUUGAAGAUAAACUUCCAGACUCUCUGAAACACUUCAGUCAGCCACAGGAAGGAAACGAUGCACCUUCACAAGUCGUGAACUCUCUCGAGCCUCUUGAGAUUGAAGCAAGAAGAAACAUUUUUGACAACGAUGACUUUGACGUCUUCCAUACUGAUGCUGUCAAUGUUAGUGCCAUCCAUAAAGGGAAAAGGAACAAAGAGGCAGUACUAAAUGACAAAAGCACUAUUGACGAGCUAAAGCCAUUGUAUGAUGCAUAUGGCAGCAUGGAUGUGCCGAGCAUGUAUGACAAACAGGUGUAUGAGGAUGAAUAUGAUGACACUUAUGAUGCCCUCAAUGUUGGAGCAGAUGAUGCUGACUCAGCGGAUGAAUUGACUCAGCAAAGACCCUUCACUGUGCCAAGAGUUCUCCAGCAAAAAGAGUCCAGACCUGAAGAAAGUGAAGAAUCAUCAGAAGAGGAACAGGACAGACCGGAAGCGUUUGUAGAAGAUCCCGCCACAGUGAGAGCCAGACAGGAAGCCAAGUUUGGAAGGAGCCAGCAAGAAACUUCCGGCAAGUAUGAUGUGAAGGGCAGGGGGAGAGGUGCUGGCCAGACGGACCAAGUUCUCAGGAAUCGCCGCUGGAAAGAAUCUCACAAGGGAUCGCGAGCGAACCACAAUCGGCGAGCAAUGGCAGACAAGAAGAUGAAGAAAGGAAUGUUCUAAUUUGUGUAAACCAGUCACAAGCCUGUUAGUGGAAAACUUAGCUGCCGUCCACCCAGCCGCCAGAAAUGGGUACCUUGAUUAUCGGAGAAUGUCGAGGACUGAGUCUGGCUUCCACCUUGUAUAUCCAACGUCUUUCCACAUAAUGCUUCUUAGUCACUGUGAACCACUUUCGUUCAACUGCUCCCACAAAGGGCCUAGUAUCUAGCAACUAGUCACGAAGGACCGGUUUGUGAGAGCUUGAAAUUCUAACGCGGAUUUCGGAAACGUUAAGAUUCAGUUAAUGUUUGAAAGUAACUUUGUACAUCAAACUAUCAAGCUGUUCAUUUUUGUGUGAAUCUUGUCUUCUGAAAACAUGGCAAAAUAAAAAUUUCCUGUUGACA